AGAUCUAAAAGUAGGUAUGUAAUAAUCUAUACUACUCUGAUUUCAUGCAUCGUUAUCAUGCAAACAAAAUGUGAAAUGGGAAAACGUAGUGGGAUAAGUUCAUUGUUAUUAUCAUAUCGUAUCUAACUUUACAAAAAUAAAUAUUGCUAGCAGCAAGUUGCACGGUUGAACUCUGGAUUUCAGUGACUUACAAUUCGACGAGAUGUAAGACUAGAAUUUACAGUUGUACACGACGAAAAAAAAAAACGGAGAAAGGGAUUGCAAACAAUUUUGCGGUUUGGUCGACAAAUCAUCGACAGUUCGUCAUGACGACAAAUCACGGAUAGAUAAUACCGACGCUGGAAAAUCCUAUUUAAUCAGUUCGCUUUAGUUUUCAUUGAUUGAGACCUCGUGUCUUAUCGUAAAGAGAUUCGUGAAACGGUAAAAGUGCUGCUUAACUGAUAAUGAUGAAUUGGGCGUGAACAUUUCACCAGCUUCUUUUUAAACUUUCCUUUAGCUUCAUUCUAAUGUACGCCAGUGACGUAUCGAAGAUUUCCUUCUCCAACCGUGUGUGCUAACGACUGUCACGUCCUUCGUGAAACUCGUUGAACGUCACAAAGCAGUGACGUAGAGUUGUGAAACGACGUGAGACGAAGCGAAGACGGUGAACGAAGUGAUAGGAUGUUAAUAUUAGUCGAAUCGUUUACGAAUUUCCACGACGCGUCGGAUUACGUCUAAUUUUUUUUGUGUGACAUACAUUUUUACGGAGUGUGAAAACACGAGUUUAUCUGUGUCGAAGUUCCAGCUGCGACCUUCGAGGCGCAUGGUAUCACCGGCAAUAGUGUCCGACAGUACAGAAUCAUUAUAAGAUUAACAUUUACUUUAUGAACGUGUUUUCAUAAUUAUAUCAAUUUUAUAUAUAUAAAUAUGUAUAUGUAUAUAAAAAAUGUACAGUAAGUGGCAUGCACAAAGUAUUUGGAAACCGUACAAUUUUUGAGAGCUCCGUUCAUCGAUAUUAUCUUCCUCUCGAGCAGCGUCGAUGAAAAUUCAACUAUAAAGACGCCAUGUUAGAAGCUGAUAAUAAUAAUUAGAGGCGCGGACAAAGUGACUGUGGUCAAUGGAAACGAUGAUCUGUGCGAGUGUGUUGGUAUGGUGACAUUGGUGCAACAGCAUCGACAGACGGACGAAAACCAAUAUCUAAAAGAUUCAAAUCAAAUAAGCAACGCCUCCAUUGAAAAUCGCGAUAACGAAAACUGUGGAGGUGAGAUAGUGCAUUCUUCUGUUGAUACUGUGGUUAGCGUUACCGGAAAUGGCAGCCUUGCCGGUUCCUCUACGCAGUGCAGUAACAUAGAAGAUGACAGUGAGGAUGAUGAAACGGAUAUCGAUGAAGGAGAUUGGGUACCAAACUUACCCGUGCCGGCGGUGUUUAAGCAACAUCAAGAAGUGACCACUGUCGAUGGCAAUGUGGUGCUUCCAAAUGCAGAUGUCUCGAAUUUUGGUGAUGUGCGCGUGAAAAAUUCGAGUAACGUGCAUCUUGGUAACAAAACCUUCUAUAAAGGUCCAGUAACAAUAAAGCAGUUCGUUUACACGAACCCGACUUCGAUACAGGAACCCAAUACGGCGAAGAGCGAUAAUGUUCAAGCAUCGAAUGCAAAUACCUCCGAUUUGUCGACUACCAAAGGAGCUUCGACUGCGAUCUUAUCACAAAAUCCUGAUCUCCGUAACGUAACAAAACGGUUGUGGACCUGGCGAUGCGCAGCGUUUUUGUGUUUACUAGCUUUGCUUCUUAUAAUUGUCAUUGUCAUUGCGAAUGUAUACCUCACGCGCAAUUCUACUACUACAACAUCUGUAGUUUUUCCGCAAAUUCCAGAUUCUGGACUCGGAGAUAAAGUAAAAAAUGUUCGUUUCAUUGAACGAAAUGAAUGGGGUGCUCAACCACCUACGACAGAUUUAACAAAGAUGAAACUUCCGGUACCGUACGUGAUUAUUAGUCAUACGGUAACUGAAUUUUGUAGAACACAAGCGGAAUGUACAUUUCACGUUCGAUAUAUACAAACAUUUCACAUAGAAUCUAGAGAAUGGUCGGAUAUCGCUUAUAACUUUCUGGUUGGUGGCGAUGGAUACGUAUACGUUGGUCGCAGUUGGGAUUUUAUGGGCGCUCAUUCCUUUGGAUUCAAUAAUAUUAGCAUAGGUAUUUCUUUUAUCGGAACAUUCAACACCGUAAUACCACCUAAAAGUCAACUGUACGCUGCGCAACGACUUAUCGAAUUGGGCAUUGAAAAUGGUAAAAUUGCGCCGGAUUAUAAAUUAUUAGGACACCGACAAGUCUCUCGGACUUUAAGUCCGGGAGAUGCAUUAUACAGUGUGAUCCAAACUUGGCCCCAUUGGUCACCAUCGCCGUAAAAAAUCUUUCUUUUUGUACAAUACGAUAUAUCAGUGAUAUUUCAAAUGUAUUCAAUUAUAUAUUCUUAUCGUUGGAAAUACACAUGGACAUUUGUAUAGAUUUCGAACAAUUAAGCCAUUUGCAUCAUGGCUCUACUUAAGAGGACUGGUUCCUAUCACCGCGCGCGGUCGGUCGUAGGUGCAGUAAAUGACAUCCGAAUUCCUUAUGGAGUUUAUCGAAAAUUUACUGUUUAAAACAAUUGGUAGACAAUGUUACUUCGCAAAUAUCGCAUCUUACAAUCUUUAUAACAGAGGAGAAAAGAAAAAAUUGUUUAUUUAAAAAAGAUAAGAAAUAAGAAAUUAAAUCAUAUUGUUUCUCGCGGAAUUCUUUAAAAUGGCCAAUACAAUAAAUUGAUAGGCGAGAUGCUGACAAACGGGUCAAACGUGAACUCUCACAUCUGAAGAAUACUUAGCGACUGAAAUAAGAAACAGUCGCAGCGCGCGUAAUAAUCCACGCUUGGAUGCAAAUGGGUUAAAUUCUGUUUGUAUUUAUGUCUUCAUGUAGUAAUUUAGUACGUACGUUACUUUAUUGAUAAAAUUUGAACUGUGACAUUUUAUAUAAUUUUAUUGUAAAUUAAUCUGCAGAUAUUUAAAUAUAUGUGCUAAAAUGUUAAAUAAAGUAUGAAACUAUAAAUGUGA